AUGUCUAAAAGUUCCCCGUUAAAUGUCGUCAGCGCCACCUGUGAAUGGGUUAUGGCAGCAGGUGUACCAACUGAUGAACAGAUUCCAUUGAGGGGUUACUCAUCAGUUUUCUUCCCGCAAUUCAAAGUCCAACUAUUCAUUCAGCCUGACUCGUGGUGGGUGUCGGCGGCGUUGCGCGCGAUCCGUGCGGUGGCGCUGGUGUUCGACGUCAUCACCUUCCCCGUCCACCUCGUGAUGCAGAGACCCUGGAGGAAGAGGGCGCUCUCCAGGAGGAUCAAGGCGCGGAUAGUGGAGUCUUCUGACGUGAGUGUGACGGUGAGGUCGGUGUCGGAGCCCUGCGAGCUGCACCAGAGGCUGGUGAGGGACGGCGUCACCACCAUGGAGGCCAUGCUGCGGGCGGCGGCCGGCCGCUGGGGCGGAGCACCCUGUCUGGGGACCCGGGCCGUGCUCAGCGAGGAGGACGAGCCGCAAACCAACGGACGGGUCUUUAAGAAGUACAAGAUGGGUUCAUACUCGUGGCGCUCGUACGUGCAGUGCGCGCGCGAGGCCCGUCAGUUCGGGUCGGGGCUGCGGGCGCUGGGCUGCUCCCCGCGGACCAACCUCGCCAUGUUCGCGGAGACGCGCGCCGAGUGGAUGAUCGCCGCGCACGGAGCAUUCACACAGAGUAUACCCGUGGUGACCAUAUACGCGACCCUGGGCGACGACGCCAUCGCUCACGGCAUCAACGAGACGCAGGUGUCCACCGUCAUCACCACACACGACCUGCUGCCCAAGUUCCGCAAGAUACUGGCCAAGACGCCGCGCGUCAGGACCAUCAUAUACAUGGAGGACCAGCUGAAGGAGACUCCGCGCGACGGGUACAAGGAGGGCAUCAAGAUUGUGGGCUACAAGGAGGUCGUGGAGAUGGGCAAGCAGGCCAAGAUCGAGCCGGUGCCUCCGUCGCCCCACGACACGGCCAUCAUCAUGUACACGUCGGGCUCCACGGGCGUGCCCAAGGGCGUGGUGCUGUCCCACCGUAACAUGGUAGCCACGCUGAAGGCCUUCGCGGACGCCGUGCCCAUACACGAGGGGGACGUGCUCAUGGGCUUCCUGCCGCUGGCGCACGUGUUCGAGCUGCUGGCUGAGAGCCUCUGUGUCAUAGGAGGCGUCCCCAUCGGCUACUCCACGCCGCUGACCAUGUUGGACUCCAGCAGUAAGAUCAUGAAGGGCACGUCCGGGGACGCGUCCGUCCUCAGGCCCACCUGCGUCACCACCGUGCCUCUGAUUAUGGACCGCAUCAGUAAGGGCAUCACCGACAAGGUGUCCCGCAGCGGAGCCUUCGCCAGCGCCUUCUUCAAGUGGGCCUACGCUUACAAGCUGGGCUGGAUGAGGCGAGGGUACGACACGCCCAUCGUGGACGCUCUGGUGUUCAAGAAGGUCCGCUCUCUGCUGGGCGGGCGCGUGCGGCUCAUGAUCACGGGCGGCGCGCCGCUCGCUCCCGACACACACACACAGGUCCGGCUGUGUCUGUGCUGCGACGUGGUGGCCGGCUACGGACUCACGGAGACCACCUCCUGCGCCACCGUCAUGGACCAGUUCGACAGGUCGACUGGUCGCGUGGGCGCACCCACCACGGGCACAGACAUCCGCCUGGUCAACUGGGAGGAAGGAAACUACCGUGUCACCAACAAGCCCUACCCACAGGGGGAGAUCGUCAUAGGAGGAGAGAGUGUGGCGGAGGGAUACUACGCGCAGGAGGAGAAGACACGGGCGGAGUUUAUAGACGACGGGGGCAGGAGGUGGUUCAGGUCGGGGGACGUGGCCGAGCUGCAUCACGACGGGUGUAUCAAGAUCAUCGAUCGUAAGAAGGACCUGGUGAAGCUGCAGGCCGGCGAGUACGUGUCGCUGGGGAAGGUUGAGGCCGAGCUCAAGACGUGCCCCAUCGUGGAGAACAUCUGUGUGUACGGAGACAGCAGCAAGACGUACACCGUGGCGCUGCUCGUGCCCAACCAGAGACACCUGGAGGAACUGGCGCUGAGGAUAGGAGUCACCGAGACCGACUUCGACAAGCUGUGCCGGAACAGAGAGGUGGAGAAGGCUGUGGUGAAGGAGCUCGCGGAGCACGCCAGGAAAUGCGGGCUGGAGAAGUUCGAGGUGCCGGCGGCCGUGAAGCUGUGCCCCGAGGUGUGGUCGCCCGACAUGGGGCUGGUAACGGCCGCCUUCAAGAUCAAGAGGAAAGACAUCCAGGAGAGGUACAGCGACGACAUCAAGCGCAUGUACGCCUCGUGA